UCCUCUCUCCACCACGACGACAACUUGGACGAGAGGGCUUGCUGUCGUCUCCCCCGCUCUCAAACGGGAAACGUCGCCCCCCAAGGAUCGACAAUGCUUCUACCUACCGCUCUUUUGUUACUUUUGGCGAGCUUCUCUGCCGUUAAUGGAGCGGACCCCCUUCCUAACCCGCCUUUCUCUUGGUUGAGCAUUCCACAAAUGACGACUUGCCAGUCUGCGCCAAUAAAUUGGUUUUUUGGCACUGCUCCAGUAGACAACCCCAUUACCCUCUACAUUUCAAUCACAAACGCAGGAGUCACCCAAGCCCCAGCCCCGUCAAAAACUUCGACGGGUGCGUUCUCAACGGCACGCAAUCCCAGAGGCUAUGUCAGCAGUGAACGGACACGGAGGGCCGACCCCGAGUUGUUGACGAUGCAAAUCUCUGGCUCACUUCCUGCGGACUUGCGUAGCUUUACCUGGCCCUCAGCCAAUGUCACCUCUGGGUGGUAUGCGCUAAUUGCUACAUUCCCGACUACGAGCACGGUUCAGGUGUCAAACCCAUUCUUCGUCCAAGCUGGGUCAGAUGUAUCCUGUUUACAAACCACAGCGCCUUCUUCACCAACAAGCUCAUCCUCGCCGCCUCCAACUUCGACUUCGAGUGGGAACCCAUCGUCUUCUUCAGGCGUCGUUCUUCCCGUAAAUGGCGCUUCAUCAUCCAAUGUUAAUCGAGGGGCCAUCGCUGGUGGGGUGAUUGGAGGGCUUGCGGUCAUUGCGGCAGUCAUCGCAGCUUUCUUUUACUUCCGAUAUGCCUCUGGGUCGGCCGUAAGCAAGAAACGCUCGCGCAAAUGGAACGGGAUUAGUUCCACCGACUCCAAGGCCCCAGCUGUUGGGCGACACCAUUAUCAGUCAGAGUCGAUGGGUCCGCUCAAUUCAACUUCUGGACUGGGACACGACAAUAAUGUCUACGUUAUCGGCGGAGUUGGGAUUGACUCUCGACCCUCACGAAUCAACACGGGCCUUGAGGAAGAGGAUGUGGCAAACUCAUACUACUCGCCUUCGCAGGAGAAGUUCUCUUCUCCGGGCCACGGUUCGCCCAUACGCUCACCAUUCUCUGACUCGGGUCACGUGGACGAUGAGGUCCCGCUGGACCUUAUAACGCCUUUGCCCAACGUUACACGCAACUCAUCUACCUCGACCGCUUCCCACAUGAGCAGAAACAACUUCAGUCGUCCCCGCUCCCAUCCGAGCUCACCAUAUGCCUCGCCUACCUCGCCAGAGCCGUCUACCGAGUCGUAUCCACCGUCGUCACCCUUCCCGUCUGGGGCAUCAGCCGAAGCAACCUCACCCAUCAACCCUGCCCCGCUAGCGACGAGAAGAGGGUCGACCAGUGAAGGUCAGGGCCGCCGUGUCGCUAGGAAGGCGGUCCCCCAGUACAACCCCAACGACCCAUCCCUCGUCUCGCAAACGUCUGUCGGUAUUCCCGAAUCAGAGAGCAGCAGCAGCCUCGAGGGCCCGAGUGUGCCCCAGCUUCACCACCAACACAGUUUUGGGGAGGGCAAGCCGGUGCAUUAUCUGAUGCCAGAUAUGCCCCCUCCGCAGCGGGGUUGA